AAUAUAGGAAUUUACAUUUAUAUGUGGAUUUUCCCGUCACGUUCCCGGUUAUGUUUCAUUGGAUUUCAUUUAUAAUGUAAUAUUUGUAAUGAAAUGAAUUGUGAUCAUUCAUCAUUAUGAUGUAUUACAAGCGCGAGAUGCAAAAGCGCCUCAAAGUGCAUCGUCUAAAUACUUCUAAAUAAUAUCAAUGCCAAAUAAACUGUUAAAAAUUUGCAAAUUUUGAUAAACGAAUGUGCGAAUGCAAAAAAAAUCAUUGUAAGGGUAAAUUUCACCAGCUGUAUAUUCAACGCAAACCUUCUUAUUGACUACUAAGAGAAGAUAUGACGACCUGACAGUAGAAAGAUAGAGCAGCCCUAACAGGUGGGUUUGUGGCGAAGCACAAAAACGUUCCAAUUCACCUAUCAUGACACGGGGUGUGGUUUCCUUGUUUUUUUAUGUUUUGUGUUGUAUCUGAUAAUAAUAGAUUUUUCACCCCAAAAAGCAAUGAGCAGUGCGUCGCAACCAAAUGCAAUCCUUACUACCGGCAGGUGCGGUACACAGGUCGACACAACAGAGAGUCCUCUACUGACACAAGACAGAGGACAUAGACAAAAACAAAACGCGUUAAUUGGGACUUCUACAGGCGCGUUUAUAUUUGCGAAGAAACGCGUUCAGUGAUUUUUCUUCUCAUGUGUGCUGAGGCUCAAGCACCGCAAAAGUAAUGCUGACUUUUCGGGUGCAAAAAAAACGCAACACAUUCCACCAAUAAUCGCCGAAACAUUGUGGCGCAUAAGCUUUUAACGCAUGUUAGUGUUUCGUUCAAUGUAUCACCGGUAAAGUAUUUGUUGGCAUCAGUUGGAUGACGGGUUUUUGAGCUAAAAGGUCGCAUGAUACUAUUGCGGCUUUCCAUUUUUCUUAGCGUCGAAUGCAUGGAUGAAUCACCUGGCCAGUGUAAAAAGGCAGGGGGCCGUUCUUUACACGAAACCAACAAAUCGGGAAUUCCACGAAAUCAUUACUACAUUAAAUAAAAAUUCAAUUUCCGUAAUGUACUUUUGUAUGCAAUUAUAUUUAGGAAGCGAAGAGAAUACCAAACAAAUAAACAUACCACCGUGGGUCAAUAAUCGCAAAUACUGUUCUGUUUUCCGCCCCUCAUCUUAACAUGCAACCCACCUCUUUUUGCUAUGUUUUGAGGGCCUUAUUUUUCAACUCAUAAACAUAAUGAUAGCAAUUUUUAACUUUUAUCAUUACAUCAGUCUUCCCCGGGUGACCAUACCGAAUGCAUAAUUAUUUGCUUUUCCUUUUGCUAUUUAGAAAGAUCGAAAGAUAUAUGAAAAUGUUCCUGUCAGGGAGCAAUAAAAAGUAAACAAUGUACAGACAUAGAGAAAGAAAGCAAAUAAGUUCCAAAAUUAAAAAGGCUACAAUUAUUGCCGCUGCUACUAUGUACAGCGCGUGCAAACAUUCCGCUCUUCGAAACACAACUGUUCUGGUGCUGGUGAAAUGAAAACAACAACCGAAUCAUAUCUACCACGAAACUCCCGUACGACAAGGACGCCAAGUUCACAUGGUAUGCAAUUUUGCACAAUUAUCUAACACCAACGACCAACCAGCUACCUACCAACCAACCUGCUGCUUGCAAAGUCCAUUAACGGGGGUUGAUCGUUUUCUCGCAUUCAAGGGAACGACCUACAGUCACGUCACCAAUGAGACCGGCCCGGGCACUGGCUGGGUGGCAAAUGGUAGACAGGUGAUGACCCGGUCGAUAUCAAGGGAAUCGUGGUCACUGGGAUGGUUUUGCAACGAUGCAUCGUUACAAUAUAUAGCCCAAAGCGGAAAUAGAUUCGCACCGUACAAGUAAUGGAAAUGACAGCAUGAUCGAUUUGAGAUUGUUCGGGAAUUGGGCGAAAUAUUUCAUACAUCUCCCCCUAGAGGUCAACGCGUAACCUACACCUUCGGAUGGAAAUAUCAGGUUUCCGAUCGACGACAUAAAAGAUCAUGUUUGUUUGGAGAAGUUGGUGGGAGUUUGGACCAAAACGCAUGAUCCAUUUAAAUAGCGACAGUUUGGGAGUUUUGGGAUACACAAGACAUUGGAUUCUCCUAUUGAAUGCAUUGCAAUCAAUAGCAGAGCAAAUAGGGAAGAUUGCUAUUCUUACCAAAAACCAUCCAUCACCAGUAUGAAGAUCACAUUUAGUCUCGUGAUUUCCGUGGCAUUGGUGGCCUCACUCUGUACGGCGAGCCCACUUUUGGUCACAAAGCAUGUGGUGAAAAAACUAGUCGCAAAGCAUCAGCAACCCAAAACAGUCACUCAUGCCGUCGUCUACACUCCGGUCGUGGCACCGCAUCCCGUUGUUGCCGCUACUCCAUCCCUUCAUGCAAAGCUUGCUAGCACUGUCGGUGCUCUUCUUAAGACUCCUUUGCUGCAACAUCCGUGGCUUGCUAAAUUUACGCCAGGCGGAGUCGUAGAGGUGUACCGCAAAUUUGCUCCUUCUGCUGCUCCUUACCCAGCAGCUGUGGCUCCUCCGGUAGCCGUGCUGGAUCUACCGCACGAAGUAGAAGAACAUCAUACGGUGACUACCGUAGUAGCUCCACCAGCUCCAGUACCUGUCCCAGCACCGGCCCCCGUUGUUGUUCCUGCCCCGGUAUAUGGUGUUCCGGCACUGACUUACGGUCUACCAGCUACCUCCGAACAUUCAUCGGCAUCCUCAUCAGCUUCCAGCAGCGCAUCGGAAUCAUCCGAUGCAGCGAAAUAUGUCGCCGUAAAUCUGGGCGCACGUCAUGAGGCUCCCUUACCAGGUUACGAUCAUUCAGUUGUACUGGAAAAUCUAGAACCUGCUCCAGGAACUGAGGGAUUAACGAUGUUAGUGCCACCGGUUGUUUCGAACGAGCUUAACAACUGGAACGCUGAACCAGUAGUGCUCACAGGACAGGAUCUGCUAUCGUCAGAUUAUUUGCGAAUGGCCAGCGUACCGACAGGGGAGGGUUCUAGCGAUGGUGAGGCACGAUACAUCGCCAUCAACAACGGUGUACGCCAUGAAGCACCUUUGCCCGGAUACGAUCGCUCGAUCGUGAUCGAAAAUCUGGACACUGUUUAGGAUCAAAUCAAAUAUCGCACCAUACUCAUCUCCAAAGCUAACGAAUAUCGCUCCAAACUGGCAAAUACCGCUUGUACAUCAGAUGUUAACGUGUAAUAAAGCAAAAAAGCGAUUGUCUUCGAACUCGAACAA